GAUCGUUCUAUGGUUUUAGUAAGUUGCUUAGUAAAUUAUAUUAUUAUUUAAUGAUCAGGUUGAGUGUAUGCAAGUGUAGCAACAAUUGGAAACAUCGAAUUUACAACUAAAACAUCCCAAGGAUACCGCUGCUGGCUCUAUUAUAGAGGAAAUGUUGUGAAUGGCCUUCAUGUCUCUGUGUACAUGUCUCGGAAAACAAAAAUCUUUAAUUGAUCUGAAUUCUGCCAAGGAACACGCGGUAACAAUGUGAACACAGGAGAUAAUAUAUCUUAAACAGAUUUCUGAAAUAGAUCGAAGAGCGGCAAUUAGUAUAUAUAUAUAUAGUAGCAGAAGACACGAGAAGGUGACCUCUUGAACUGCCACGUGUUCAUACAAGCUAAGUGAACUCUCAGUGUCAUCAGGGCAGCCUUAGGGUCCGGUGCCCCGGCACAGGGCCUGGCCAGCUGGCCCCUGAGUGCCCCUGGAGAUGGCCAGUAGCAUGUCCGUGCUGGUGUAUGGGGUCGGGGCCGCCCUCGGGUCCGGGGCCACGCUCGGAGGCCUCCUGCUCGUCCUCUACAUCGCCGUCAUCCUCUACAUUCUCUACAACUCAUCACUUCUGCCGCCCAUUCUGUGCACAUCGUUCGGCCACCCGCUCUUCAGAUCGAGUAAGGAGCGUCGACGAGCCCGCCUCAAGGAUGCCAGGUCAUCCAAGUGCAACUCGGGCGACUCCGGCGACUCCGGCAUCGAGGUGAGUGUGGCUUAUGACUGCUUCAUUCACCUCUUACUGUGGCUCGAAGUCUGUUGUUAAUAUCUGCCUCUCCUUGUGGACAUUUCUUCUUUGUGACAAUUAUGUGCGAGAGCCAAGAGUGAGUGUGUCAAUGUGGGUGUGUGUGCUACACGCAGGUGAUCAUUCUUAACUCUUUUU